UUGAGCCUCUGUUGCAUCUUUUUCUUCGGCCUCAAGGAAUCGGUGGUAACCGUCAAGGAAGACGAAUUGCUUCGCAACCAAUGCAAGCCAGAUUUACCAAGUGUGUUGCCAACGUGGGCGAGCGAUAUCGAACAGACAAAGAAACAGACAGCUGGGAUAUAAAGCAAAGAAUACACGAAUAUCAGGCAGCCGCAAUCGAGAGCAGAGACUUCGUGGCAUCGGUUUUUGUUGAUGUUCUGAACAGUUUCGUUGGUGUUCCCUCAGCAUGCGAUAACAAUAUCGUAGAGGACACAUUGGUACAUACGUACCUACACGCCCCACUGCACGCACUUUUUGUCAAGGAUGCACCGUUCGGCCAUAAAUGGGCAAACGCUGUGCUGGAAUCCUCCCGAGAUUCCCCCAACCAGCUGUUCCCUGAUUUCACCGCCUACAAACGUGCUUCCGGUCGCACGUACGAUUUGUUCGUUGUCGAGGUUAAGCGACCAACCUCCAGCAAAUCGGAUUUUAUAAAAAUGGGUAUCAUGCUUCGCGGCAUGAUUGACAAGCUAGUUGAACUCAGCGUGCCCAACCCGACAGUAUGCGGAUUGAUCGUGAAAGGUUUCAAGUGUACAACGUACCGAUUAGACCUCAAAGCAAAGCAUGUGUACAGAAUGGUCGAAUUGCAAGAAUUCCUUCUGCCACAAGAAAGCUAUCAAGUAGGCUGCUUGCCGACUUGUAUCCAAGCGUUGGGGCAAGUUAAGGAGAUCCUGGCGCAAACAGCCAAGAACAUCAAUGAUUGCGACCAACUCCUCAAUAACGGAAAUGUUCUUAAAAAUCGCACGCCCAUUGAUUGGAUUGUAAAAACACAAGCUUCUUCCACGAAAGAAAAAAAGAACACAAAAAGCAAGGGCAAAGGACCAGCAAGAAGCACAUCGUCUUUGGGACAAAAAAGAAAGCGAUAAUUAUUGAUCAUCAAACACUUAUACCCCCAUCCUUUCUCCUAUAAUCAAAGCAAUUCUUCAUUUUUAUUACAUCGUUUAAAAUCAAUGUUUGUAUUCUCUCCUUUCUGCCGCUGCAGUUGCAGUUGCUGUUGUAUCAGUUCCACUUGUUC